CGUGUCGAGACGUUCAUCCACUCACACAUGGUGUCGUCAUCUUUGUCAUUAAAACACUGAAACUGACAUUGAGGAGUGUGUUUCUUCAUGACGACACCAUGGUCGUUGUUGGAUGCCCUGCCCCCGGCUGCGAGUUCAAAUCCGAAGACGUAUCUGAAGCACUCGUCAUUGCCCUAUUGACGAUUCAUGGAUUUAGCCACCAGCACGCAGCGCCUGUCAUGGCCGCGCCAGCCCAGGCCCCAGCCCCUCACGGCCCGAGACUCGAUCGGCCCAAAGUUGAUGUGGGCGUAUCGAUAGAGGAAUGGAACGUGUUCAUCCGCCGUUGGAAUGUAUUCCGCGCCGGCUCAGGCAUAGGGAAUGCCCAGGCCCCAUUCCAGCUGUUUCAGUGCGCUGGGCCUGUACUUGGAGACAGCCUGUUGAAAGCCGUCCCCGACGCCGCUUCCGGACCCUUGCCAGAUCUGAUCGCCGUCAUGCGUUCCCUAGCUGUCAUCCCAGUCGCUACAUGCGUCCUGCGCACUGAGCUACUCCAGUUACGCCAGGAACGCGACGAGACAUUCCGCGCAUUCGCUGCCAGAGUGCGGGGUAAAGCAGAGACAUGCGCAUAUAAUGCGGUAUGCGAGUGUGGUAAAGACGUGGACUAUACCGACCACAUUAUCCGUGAUGUUCUGCUCAAUGGCAUCUAUGACUCGGACAUACGCCGCGAGACGCUGGGGACAUCUGAUGUCCUGGUCAAGCCAGUUAACGAUGUAAUUGCACUCGUCGAGAACAAAGAGAUGGCCCGUAACGCUCUCCCGUCGUCCUCCCUAUCAGCCAUGUCGUCAUUCCGGCGCCUGCAGACGACUCCACAGACGAGCCCCGCCCCGAGCCCUGCGGCCGGGGCUAAACGUGCCUCGUGCCCGGAAUGUAAGAGCGUCUUCAACGUCUUCACGGAGGGGCCUCGCGGGUGGAAUCCGAAGCCUCACCUGGUGUGCAUCGGCUGCUACAGGGCCCGCCGACGACAGAGGCGUCCACAGCCGUCAUCCGACAGUCAACAUGCCGCCAUGGGGUCGGAGCUGGUCUCCCAGGUCUCGUCGGUGCGAGCUGGAGCCCGCACUGGCCGACGUCACGGGAGCCAUCGCCGACGCCGCGCCCCUACGUCGCACGGCUGUCUCAACAAGCCUGCACCUAUCAGACUCGAGCACCACAUCUUCUCCAAAGGCGAAUGGAGACGAGCCAGGAUGAGAGACCACCCCCGAGCAUUGAUCACCAUCUCGAUGGACUCGCCAGUCGGGCUGAGGGAUGGCACCAGCAACCGGGGCUCGGCCGACGGAGCUCGGAUAUCCGCCGUCGCGGACACUGGCGCGCAGUCGGACCUUUGGUCUCUGGAGGAGUUCCUGGCCUGCGGUUUCGCGCGGGACGACUUGCGACCCGUCAGCCUCAGCCUGUCGGCCGCCAACCGCUCCCCUAUAGCCAUCGAGGGAGCGUUCUUCGCCAGGCUCUCGACGACCUGCAGCGGGGGGCGUGUUACAUCCUGCCGUUCCAUGGUAUACGUGAGCAGCUCAGUCCGGGCCAUGUACCUAUCCUACGAGUCGUUGCUCAACCUCGGCCUCUUGCCCGUGGGCUUCCCCUCGGACGACAUUGCAGGGGGGCCCCAGGACGGGUGUGGCCCUGACACGGCUGACACGCCAGACCAGCCCUUAUCCGUCAAUGCGACGAGGUCAACCAACGGCGGCUGCGUGGGGCCAGGUGACCCCCAGGACGCCCAGUGCUCAUGUCCUCAGCGCACGGUCCCCCCGGCGCGCCCCGCAGCUCUGCCGUUCCCUUGUACGCCAGAGAACAACAGCCGGAUGAAAAGUUGGCUGCUCGGGAGAUAUGCCUCGUCGACAUUCAAUACUUGCCCCCAUCGGGCACUACCAUGCAUGGAGGGGCCACCUAUCGAGAUGCACGUGGACCCCGCAGCUACGCCUAAGGCAUGCCACACCGCGGCUACAGUGCCUCUACACUGGCAGCGGAGGGUCCACGAUGACCUCCUGCGGGACGAAGCCCUCGGGGUCAUUGAACGCGUACCAUACGGCGAGCCAGUGGCGUGGUGCCAUCGCAUGGUAGUCACUCGGAAGCACGACGGUUCCCCCCGCAGGACCGUGGACCUCUCCCCCCUCAACAAGUUCUGCCAACGUGAGACCUUCGCCACUGAGUCCCCGUUCCACCUUGCACGCCGCGUCCCGAAGGGCACCUGGAAGACCGUCAUGGAUGCCUGGAACGGCUACCACAGCGUCCCCCUGCGUGAGUCGGAUCGCCACCUCACUACCUUCAUCACGCCCUUCGGCCGUUGGCGCUACACCAGGGCACCACAGGGUUUCCUGUCAUCAGGGGAUGGCUACAACCGUCGGUUUGACGCCGUCCUCUCGGACUAUGAACGCAAGGAACGUUGUGUGGAUGACACCAUCCACUAUGACACCGACCUGGAGCAACACUGGUGGAGGACCAUCGACUUCCUGACGCGUGUCGGCCGGUCGGGCAUCGUGUUGAACCCGGACAAGCUUCAGUUCGCGGAGAGGUGCGUCGACUUCGCCGGCUUCAGGGUGUCGGAAUCUACCAUCGAACCGCUCCCGAAAUACUUGGACGCCAUCCGGGACUUCCCCACCCCAGGCUCCACGACGGACAUCAGGAGUUGGUUUGGCCUCGUCAACCAGGUGGCUAACUACGCCCAGCUGCGUGACACGAUGGCCCCAUUUAAGCCGUUCCUCAGCCCGCGCUGUGUGUUCCUAUGGUCCCCCGUUCUGGAGGAGGCCUUCCAGACGUCCAAGCAAGCCAUAAUGGAGGCCAUCCGCGAGGGCGUGGAGAUCUACGACAUGCAGAAGCGUACCUGCCUCCGCCCUGACUGGUCCAUGCGUGGCAUUGGCUACUUCCUGCUCCAGCAACAUUGUCACUGUGCCUCGGGCAUACCGGACUGCUGUCCAGGAGGAUGGAGGAUCACCCUCGCGGGUUCGCGUUUCCUGUCCCCUGCGGAGCAGCGCUAUGCGGCCGUCGAGGGAGAGGCCCUAGCUGUGGCCUGGGGUCUGGAACAGACGCGGUACUUCACGCAGGGGUCAGACAACCUCGUCGUGGUCACCGACCAUAAGCCAUUGGUGAAGAUCUUUGGUGACCGUACGCUGGAUGAGAUAACAAACUCGCGUCUGUUUAGACUCAAGCAGCGCACCCUCCCAUGGCGCUUCGACAUUGUGCAUCUGCCUGGCAAGAGCAACUAUGCCGCUGAUGCCACGUCAAGGCAUCCUUCCCCCUCGGGCUCAGCGAACGGCCUCUCACUGGGGCUGCCGAGCGGGCCUGACGCCGUGGAGUCAGCACUCAUGGCCUCCAUCCGCGACGACGCACGGGAGCUCGGAGCCGUCUCUUGGCCCCUCCUCGCACGGGAGACAGCGGCUGACGGAUGCCUCGGCCACCUCCUCCAACUCAUCGAGCAGGAGGGUGGGAUUGACGUUAACGACCCUGCCCUGGCGAGUCUGUCAUCGGUCUGUGAGUCCGUCUACGCACAGGACGGCGUCCUGCUCUAUCGGGACCGCGUCGUGGUCCCCCCAUCCCUCCGUGGGAGAGUCCUUCGGCAUCUCCAUGCCGCUCACCAGGGGACCUCAGCGAUGGGGCAGCAUGCCCGAGCCAUAGUUUACUGGCCCGGGAUGUCCGGGGACAUUCAGGCCACCAGGGACGGGUGUGCAGACUGCAACCGCAAUGCUCCGUCACAGGCGGCUACACCCCCCCUUCCGUCACCACCCCCGUCCACGCCAUUCGAGGCGGUGUUUGCUGACUUCUUCGACUAUGGGGGCCGCCACUACCUAGUUGUCGGGGAUCGGCUUUCGGGCUGGGUAGAGGUCCUGAGUUCUACGGCGGGUACUGCCCUGGCGGGCUCAGCUGGCCUGGUCCAACACCUCCGCUCGUUCUUCGCUACCUUCGGCGUACCGGAGGAGCUCUCGAGCGACGGUGGUCCGGAAUUCAAGGCGAGCCACACUGAGGACUUCCUCCGCUUAUGGCACGUCAAACACCGUGUGUCCUCCGUUAGCUUUCCGCAGUCGAAUGGGAGGGCGGAAGUUGCGGUUAAGACUGCUAAGCGCCUCCUGAUGUCCAACACCGGCCCGUCGGGCAGCCUUGAUCAGGACCGCUUCCUGCGUGCUAUGCUGCAGUUGCGGAACACGCCUGACCCCGACUGCAACCUCUCGCCGGCGCAGAUCAUCUUCGGCCGCCCCCUUCGUGGCUCGCUCUCCUUCGUGAACCGCCUCGAGAAGUUCUCGAACCCGCAUAUCCGCCCGCUAUGGCGCGAGGCAUGGGCGGCGAAGGAGGACGCCCUUCGGACCCGUAUGUCCCGUACCACCGAGUCUCUGGGGACUCACUCAAGACCGCUCCGCCCAUUGGCACUCGGCGAAAGGGUAUUCCUCCAGAACCAGCAAGGCCCGAGCCCCCGCAAAUGGGACAGGUCAGGGAUCGUGGUGGAGUCGCUGGACCAUGACCAGUAUCGGAUCAGGGUUGACGGUUCGGGACGUCUGACACUGCGCAACCGGCGGUUCCUCCGUGCCUACACGCCGGCCACACCCUGCGCCCAUGAGCAGUCGGCCACGCCGUCGCCGCCGCCCGCUGCCCUGGGACAUCAGCCCCCACCUAUCCGCCCGGGCUGGGCGACGCCCCAGGGGCUUGCUCAGCGGCCGGCUGAUGGUCCCCGCGACUCGGCUAUGGGCGCUUCCCCACCGGCGCUUGCUGAUGAGGCGUCCUCUGACCUCGCCGUUCCUACGGGUGCCUUCCUGGGCGCACCGCUCCCGGUGCCGCAGUCGCCGCCGGCGCUGCCCCAGCCCACUCGGCCGGGCCGCGUGAGGAAGCCGCCGGCACGCUACGAGCCCGAGUCCGGCAGCUGGAUACGGGAUUUAGACCGUUAAUCUAUUCCAGCCUAUAGCUUUCCGGUCUGGGGGGGAUGAAGAGUUUAUCGCCGGCCACUAGAGGGCAGCGUGUCACUGCUGUCGCACAGGAUAUGCCGUGCUCUGACCCGGUAGUACUGAGCAGCCAUUUUAGUUCAAACAUUGUUCAUUCACUCCGCCUCGUGUCGAGACGUUCAUCCACUCACACAUGUAAGACUGUUCCCACUAUUGUUGGUGUAUAUAUACGUGGUGUCGUAGCAUAUAUUUGUGUUGUGUUAAUGAUGACAUGCGUGUAUGUAAUACUUUGUCAGCUUAC